ACACGAAAAUAAUCACAAAACACCGAAUAACCAGCAAUCGUACCAACAUUGAUAACAGUAUUUCAGUCCGUCAUCAUUUCUCCGUUACUUGAAGGUGUUUCCCAAACGGCUGUUUCACAGAAAUCUCAGGCAGAUGUUUACUUUCCUCAUUCGACUUUCGUAGUUAGACUCGCAACGUUAUCAAUUGAAGAAUUUCCAGUAAGCCGGUUCCCUUUAAUAACAUUUACUACAUUCACACGAACGCUUGAUAUGUUCUUCUUUGCUAACAAUAUUCUUCCUCGACUGACUGAAGUUCGGCGCUCAACGUUUGUUGUUGUUCUCUAAUCGCAAAGUGUAAUGUAGUUAAUGAAGUAAGAUGAAACCAAUAAAACGAUCACUGCCCAGUCGGUUUUCGAUUUUCGUGGAGUGUAGAACGUUUUUUUCUGGAGUAUUGUUGCCUCGAAUAACAAGAUGAAGAUCCAUCUAUUGCCUUGCAUUGCGUGCCUGCUGGUAUUGUCUUUCGUUGAGGGACGAUCAUUGCGGUUCAAGCGUAGCGAUAUCGUGUUUCGACCAGAUCAAGAACAAACCUGGGAAGAACGUGAGUUGGCCAUGCGCCGUGGAUACUCUCAGAGCAGCGCUGCCAAUACGGGAUCGCAGACAAUUGUCGGUCCAGGUGGAAUCGCUCAGCAAACCGCCGGUGGAAGUGUUUCGUCCAAUUUGGCCAACGACGGAUCCAGCGGGCAACUGAGUGCUGCUAAUACGCAACAGCAGUCAUUACAAUCUGGGGAUAGAUUACAGAGCCAAAACAGCGGACAGAGUCAAUCGGCAAACUUUGGAAAGGAUCAUCAGCAAAUGUCUAACGCUAACACCAACACCAACACUGUACAGGAAGGCGGAAAUAUUCGGCAGCAGACACAAGGUGGUGCAGGAUCCUCGGUGGUGGACAAAUUUGGCAGCCAGGCCAGUCAAGCCCAGACCACCAACGAGCGGUACGUAGCCGACGGUCAGCAGGGCAGCCGAUCAACGGGAUCCAGUAAUUCGCAAAACAUCGGGAAGGACGGAUCGGGUUCGACAGCGAACAGCAACACCGGAGUGGAAACGAUCGUGUUGCCUGACGGCACGACAAUUACAAAAUCUUUCGGUUCGUCGUCCAGUUUUCAGAGUAGUCGCAACGUGAAGGUUGGUGCUUCGGCGAGUGGCCACUCGAAUGCGAUGCAAGGUUAGAAUAAGUCAUUGGAGCUGAUAAUUGUUACUUUUUUUCUGGCUUUUGUGUUUAUGUGAUGUGCCUAUCAGUAAUAAAUAUUUAAUUUACACUGAA